AUGGGCUGCACAAGCAGCGCUCCCAACAUGGCUGACAUACAGACAAAUACAACAGAUGAAGCAGAUGAUAAUAAAAAUUUGGAAACAAGAGAUGAAAAAGUAAAUGAGAACCAAAAAAAUGUAAAUACUGAUAAUGUAUUAAAUAAUAUUAAAGUGCUUCCCAUUUGUGAUAAUUUAGAUGAUAAUAUACAAUUAGCUAGAAAUAAUUCUUCUAUAAAUAUUUCAAAUCAACAAGUAGAGAAUGAUGACCAACAAAAUAAUAAAUUAACUCAUGAAAACAUGGUUUCUGUGAAUGAAGCAACAGAAAUUGAUACUAAAAUGUCAACAUUAAAAGAUGUGGUUGAACAAGUUAUUUUAGAUAAUAUUUUAGAGGAUAAACAAAAUGUGUUAAGUGCUCCUGCAGACAUGAUCAGCCUCGAUGACAGUAAAGAAACAGUAGCGGAAGAAGUUACUGAACCCCAAGAACAUCAAUAUGUCGAAGAAUUAAAAGAAAUUGAGCAAGAGGAGGAAAAUAUAGAUGAGGUAGUGAGCCCUAGUCUAUCAGAAUGUAGUCGUUCUACUCGGUGGGAAGCACUAGCAGAUAUAGCUGCAGAAUUACCAGCAUCGCUUGCUGUCGACCCUUUAACUGGACAAAUUUAUUCACUAACUAAA